CCUAAUUAACCAAGAGAGUCGAGGCCCAAAUUACGCCCACAUAGUUCAAGCUUCAAGGUCAUCAAAUCAGACCUUACUUUCGUCUCUCAGUGCUCUCACUUUCCUGCUCUUUAAAGCUUCUUCUCUAAUGGCUUCGUCUUCUUCACCUUCAUCAUCAGAGGUAUCUGAAAGAAGGGGUAUUCCUGGAGCUUCAUUUGUAUCUGAUGUUCAAACUUAUUUAACACAAUCAGGUCUUGAUGUCACUUCUUCCUUAGCAUUUCUUCAAGAAAGGCUUCAACAGUACAAGGUGGUUGAGAUGAAACUUCUCGCUCAGCAGCGGGAACUUCAGGCAAAAAUUCCUGACAUUGAGAAGUGUUUAGAUAUAGUUGCUACUUUGCAAGCUAAGAAGGGUACUGGUGAGGAAUUAAUAGCCGAUUUUGAAGUUUUGGAAGGCAUAUAUUCAUGGGCCCGCAUCGAGGAGUCAGACUCCGUAUGUCUGUGGCUGGGGGCAAAUGUCAUGCUGGAAUACACAAGUGAAGAGGCCAAUGCUCUUCUACAAAAGAAUCUUGAUAAUGCUAAAGCAAGCUUAGAGGUCCUUAUUGCUGAUCUACAAUUCUUAAGGGACCAAGUGACGGUAACACAGGUCACUAUCGCUCGGGUGUACAACUGGGAUGUUCACCAGCGCAGAAGUAAGCAAGUUUCUGCAACUUCUGUGAAAGACUCGUGAAGGCUUUCUAUUAUCGCAUGGCCUUUUCCUAGUUACCCUAGUCAGAGUAUGUUGUUCAGUUUGCACGUUUAUCUUUUUUUUCUUCUAGGGGGUGGGGGCAGUUAGGAACUUAUGAUAGUUUCCCAUGGAAAUGCAUAUUUGAUUCGGGAAUAGUUUUGAUGUAAUUUUGUUAUUAGUUUUUGCGCUCUCAGUGUUGUUGAUUUUCUUGUCAGUGAUUAGUUAUGAUGUGUCCUAAUUUUGGUGAAAUCAUAAUUAAGACAUGCUAGCUA